AUGAGCGACAGGAAUGUAAAACGGGGACUGUUUGGAGGUAGGAACCCGCAGGAGGGAUUCAGCACCCCGAACACCUCACCAGCCAUCGAAACUCUGAGGCAGCAGGAAACAAAGACGGCCCCCGGGUCCCCGCGGCGCGGCUGCCGUCACGGUGGGAGGGGACAGUUACCUUUCCCGCACUCCUCCCCGCAGCCUCCCACUCUUCAAAACCCGACGCCCCCCAGAGGCCCCGGCGACCACCAGGGCGUCCCACGCAGAGGGAAGCGCCGACUCCGGGAAUAUCCCGACGUGACCGCGAGGUUGCCAGGCUCACCAGCAGUCUGGACGCCCCGCCCGGGUGGAGUGUCCCCAAAGCCUCCGGAAGGGACGCGCGGGCGCAACGGCCGGGCCGGACCGGACCGAACGGACCCUAGCGGCCGACGGACAAGGGGAGGGGUGUCGGGGAAGGAGCGCGGCGGGCAGCAGGUGGGAAGCGGCCGGAAGGCGGCGGGGGAGAGCGGAAAUAAGGCGGAGAGAGUCUGCGUGAGCGUGACUGAGACGGACGGGAGGCCGCGGUCCCCAGCCGUUAGCAGCGGUUUGGCAGUGCCCCCGCUGACCCCAUCCUCUCCUCACCCCGUCGGGUCUUCAAAUCUUGGGCCUAAAUCCCUGGGACCAACGACCACAAACCGCCGCCGCCGUUUGGGGGGGAUCAGUCGGUCUGAGAAGGGGGCUGAAGGGGGAGGGGAGCCCACCGGGGGAGCUCGCGCUGGUCCACGCGCCUCGGCAGGCUCCCAGCGGGCGUCUCGCGCUGUGAGCCUAGACGGCCUCACGCGGUGUGGUGCCUUGACCAAUCAGCAGCCAGCCCCUCCCUGGGAGGCGGGGCCAAGGAUUAAAUCUGAAGGAGGCUCUUGGGAGAGGAGUAAAAGGCUUGGAGUGACGGGCAUUGUAGCCAAUUGGGGCGAGAAGAGCGAAUUUUAG